AUGGCUGUCAGCGGACGCUCUUCUUCACCGCAACCCUAUCCCUGUUUCUAUCUAUCUAUCUAUCUAUCUCAGUCCAUGUGUAUCAGACUGUUCAUAUCUAUCUACCUAUCUAUUUCAGUCUUUAUAUCUAUCUUUCCCAAUUCCUUUCUUUCUUUCUCUCUUUUUGUUCUUUUUGUUCUUUAUUUCUUUCCUUCUUUCUUUCUUUCUUUCUUUCUGUUAUUUCUUUCUUUCUUUCUGUUAUUUCUUUUCUUUCUUUCUCUCAAUAAUUUUUUAAGUCUUUUUCUCAUUCUCGCAUUCUCACUUUAUUUCUAUCCCAUUCUGUUCAUAUCUAUCUAUUUAUCUAUCUAUCUCAAUCUUCUGUUAAUAUCUAUCUAUCUAUCUAUCUAUCUAUCUAUCUCACUCAAUCUGUUAAUAUCUAUCUAUCUAUCUAUCUAUCUAUCUCAGUCUGUUAAUAUCUAUCUCAGUUUUUUAAUAUCUAUGUAUCUAUCGAUCUAUCUAGCUCAAUCUGUUAAUAUCUAUCUAUCUAUCUAUCUAUCUCAGUCUGUUAAUAUCUAUCUCAUUUUUAAUAUCAUCUAUCUAUCUAUCUAUCUAUCUAUCUCAUCUAUCUAUCUGUUAAUAUCUAUCUCACUCAAUCUGUUAAUAUCUAUCUAUCUAUCUAUCUAUCUAUCUAUCUCACUCAAUCUGUUAAUAUCUAUCUAUCUAUCUAUCUAUCUAUCUGUCUGUCUGUCUGUCUGUCUGUCUCACUAUCUAUCUCAAUCUGUUAAUAUCUAUCUAUCUAUCUAUCUAUCUAUCUAUCUAUCUAUCUAUCUAUCUAUCCUAGUCUCUUCAUAUCUAUCUUUUUAUAGUUAUCUUUACCUUUCUCUAUCUCGCCAUGCUACUUUUUCGCUACCUUCAUUCUUUCUGGGUUUUUUUCUUUCUUUUCUCUCCUUCUCUCUUUCUUUCUACUUUUCUUUUUUUCUUUCUAUCUUUCAUUCUUUUCUUUCUAUCAAUAAUUUUCAGUCUCUUCCUAUGGCCGCCUUUUUUUCUUUAUUUCCGUCUUCUACACUCUCUGUUAAUAUCUAUCUAUCUAUCUAUCUAUCUAUCUUUUUUUUUUUAAGCUUAUCUAUCUUUACCUUUCUCUAUCUCACCACCCUUCUUUUUCUCUACUUUCUUUCUUUCUUUCUUUCUUUCUUUCUUUCUUUCUUUCUUUCUUUCUGUUUUUUCUUUUCUCCCCUGUUUCUUUCUACUUGUCUUUCUAUCUUUCUUUCUUUUUUUUUUCUAUCAAUAAUAAGUCUCUUCCCCUGCCCGCCUUUUUUUCUUUAUUUCCGUCUUUUACACUCUUUCAAUAUAUAG